CCCCGAGGUUCUCGCGUGCCGUGCGCAAACAGCGCGUGGCGCAGAAGCGCAGAGAGGGAGGCGACCUGAGAAAAAUAGAAACCAAGCAACGAAGCGUGUAUCCGAGGCAACGUUUCAGGCUGUUUUUCCAGCUCGUCCUCGUUUUUAGAAGGACGUUUUGUCUUUUUCGUCAACAGCUUUAAGUUGAAGACUUAAGAUGAGCAGCAGCGAGUGCUUUGGCUGCGGUCGUACCGGCCACUGGAUCAAGAACUGCCCGAACGCUGGCCGCGGCCGUGGUAAAGGACGUGGGCGGGGGAAAGAUCUGUUCUGCUAUCGCUGUGGGGAACCGGGCCACGUUGCAAGAGACUGUGAAAGAACUGAAGAUGCCUGCUACAACUGCGGCAGGAGUGGCCACAUCUCCAGAGACUGCAAGGAGCCCAAGAAGGAGAGGGAGCAGGUCUGCUACAACUGUGGCAAAGCCGGCCACGUGGCCCGAGACUGCGACCACGCCAACGAGCAGAAGUGCUACUCCUGCGGCGGGUUCGGGCACAUACAGAAAGGCUGCGAGAAGGUCAAGUGCUACAGGUGUGGUGAAAUUGGCCACGUCGCUGUCCAGUGCAGCAAGGCGAGCGAAGUCAACUGCUACAACUGUGGCAAAUCCGGGCACCUGGCAAAGGAAUGCACCAUCGAGGCCACCGCUUAGUCCUGAUUGCCUGGUCGCCCCUUCUUUUUCUGAUUGAUGGUUGUAUAAUUUUCUCUGAAUCCUCUUCACUGGCCAAAGGUUGGCAGAUAGAGGCUAGUCCCAGGCCAGUGAGCUCUUGACGCGUUAAAAGAAGGAAAGGGGUGGAAAAAAUUUCCACUUUCUGCAUUUAAUACAAAAAAAGUUUAUGUUUAGUUUGGUAGAGGUGUUAUGUAUAAUGCUUUGUUAAAGAACCCCCUUUCCAUGCCACUGGUGAACAGGGAUGAGUGAGUUGAGUGGGAGUACGCAGCUAAGAAAUGUUGUCGAGUCGGCCUCUCCGGGCCUCAUCGAACGAGGCCUCGGGAGAGAGCAGUAGGGGAAAAAAAAUCAAGGAAAUGUGAACUUCCGGGUAUGAUUUGCCUUUUUUUAUUUUUAUUUUAUUUUUUAUAAAUCUACGGUAGUGAGUUGUGCUAAGAGUGAUUAACCUGGGAAAGCAGUACAGGACUCAUGCAGUCAGAUCUGCCCAGGCUCAACCAGCAGCACGCAGCUAAGUGGAGAAAACAGUUAUUAAAUGCAUCAUUGAUAAGCAAGUUUACAGCACAUUCAAAACCUGAGAGAACAUGAAAUAAUUUAGGAGAACAAUAACUUUGUAAGGCGCAAGUCCGAUCAAGUGGAGCAGCAAAGAAAUCAAAAAGUCAAGUGUGGAACCCCACGAUUGCAGGUCGUUGUACCCACGGAGAGGGGGAAAAACACUUCAGUGGAAUUGUGGUGGGUGGGAAAAACUAUGAUUUGGAGUUAGGAGAAAGGUGAAUGUUUUCACAGAAAUCAAAUGUUAUUUUUGUACAAUAUCACUUAGACUACUGUAAAAGUAAAAACUAUCAUUCGCUUGUACUCAGUUUAAAAGUCGGAAGGUAAAAGCAACUGAAGUCCUAGAAAAUAGAAAUGUAAUUUUAACUAUCAAUAAAGCUGGAGGAGGAAGGGGAGUGAGAGUGAAGCUUCA